GCGCGGGCAGAGCUGCAGCGGUGAGCCCGGCCCCCGCGGGGAGGCUCAGCGCCUCCAGCCGGACGCAUCAAGCACUGACUCCGCCGAGGAUGCGCAGCCUCCUUGCAGGAGUGGCCCAGGUCCCGGGUGGACACGACCUGCAGUGAGCCGGGAAAAUCACCCUCUACAACCACCACUGCCCCCCGCCCCGACUUCGGACGCCGGGAUCGCCCCUCACCGACAGCUCCCCUUCCCACCCGCAGAGAGGCAUCGGCCCCCUGAAGGGGGGGGGGCUUCCUCGGGCAGCCUCCGCCACCCUUGCAUGGCUACCACCCGCGGAGUGUAGCGUCGUUGCCUCUGAGACCUGCUGCUGCCCUUCGAAGGCCUGGUUGCUUCGGACCCUGCCGCAGAGCGUUCCCAGCUCAGCCAUGCUGGCCUGUCUGCAGAGGACCCAGAACCCACCGGGCCAACACCUGGCCUGUUCAAGCAAGAGCCUGGAGCUGCGCAAGUGCGAGUCAGUGGCUGGCUCCAUGCAUUCCUCCCGUUACCCGAGCCCGGCUGAGCUGGACGCCUACGCUGAGAAAGUGGCCAACAGCCCGCUGUCCAUAAAGAUCUUCCCCACCAACAUCCGCGUGCCGCAGCACAAGCACCUGAGCCGCACGGUCAACGGCUACGACACCAGCGGCCAGCGCUACAGCCCCUAUCCGCAGCACGCGGCCGGCUACCAGGGCCUGCUGGCCAUCGUCAAGGCGGCGGUCUCCUCUUCCAGCACGGCUGUGCCUUCCGGCCCCACCAAAAGCGUGCUCAAGAACGCAGAGGGCAAGCGGACCAAGCUGUCACCAGCCACUGUGCAGGUGGGCAUUGCUCCCUACCCGGCGCCCAGUGCCCUGGGUCCCUUAGCCUACCCCAAGCCACCUGAGGCUCCUGCCCCGCCACCUAGCCUGCCUGCAGCCGCCACCACCAGCUCCGCCAUCCCCCUGCCGGGCCGAGGCCUGCCCCUUCCACCCUCCAACCUGCCCUCCAUCCACAGCAUCCUCUACCAACUCAACCAGCAGUGCCAGGCCCCAGGCGCUGCACCCACUGCCUGCCAAGGCGUAGCUGUCCCCCAGCCCAGCCCAGCCAAGCACGGCCCUGUGCCCAGCUUCCCCGGCAUGGCCUAUUCAGCCACCGCCGGUCUGCCUGACUGCCGGAAAGGCGCAGACCUGGGCCAAGGGGCCACAGCUGCCCUGACCCUGGCUGGGGCCACCAAACCCGCAGGAUACGCAGAAGGCGGCCUCGAUUACCUGCUGUGGCCGCAGAAGCCACCCCCACCCCCACCCCAGCCACUGCGUGCCUACGGCGGCGGCAGCACUGUAACCAGCAAGUCCCCCGAGGCUUGCAGUGGACGGGCCUAUGAGCGGGCCAGCGGGUCACCCCUCAACUGUGGAGUCGGGCUGCCUACCAGCUUCACCGUGGGCCAGUACUUCGCUGCUCCCUGGAACAGUGUACUGGUCACCCCUACCAGUGACUGCUACAACCCGGCCACGGUGGCAGUGACUGAGCUGGGACCCGGGGUGACCCGGGAGCUAGCCGGGCCUCCUGUGGACGUCCUCUCUGGCCUGACCAGCAAGAGCGUGUGCAACACGUCGGUGCUGAGCAGCAGCCUGCAGUCGCUGGAGUACCUCAUCAAUGACAUCCGGCCACCCUGCAUCAAGGAGCAGAUGUUGGGCAAGGGCUACGAGACGGUGGCCGUGCCCAGGCUGCUGGACCACCAGCAUGCCCACAUCCGCCUGCCGGUCUACAGAUAAGAUCUGCCCUGCAGAUGUAGAGAUGGACGGAUGGAUGG